AUGGUGGUACCUGACGAUAUGGCAGAGGAGUUUGACGACGCGACGAUGGAGGAUGUAGGGCCCAUGUUGUCGCCCUUCAAGACGUCAUUUUCCGGCGAGAAGCAGGAUGAACAUGAUGUUGGGUUUGGCUUGCCAGGAUUUGGAACCAUUGUCAAGGCGUAUAGGGCAUAUGGAUGCCAGUGA